CCAUCUUCACCACGACGGGGAAAUCAAGCCGCGCGAAUGGAUUUAUGAAAACCCUCAUGCAAAAAGUUGGCAGGAGUUUAGCAAACUUUUGCACUGACUCCACCUCCCGUGCCUCCUCCUUGUGGCCCUCCUCCCCUCCGUUUCCCCUCUUGUCCCGCUGCUGCUGCUGCCGCUGCUGCAGCGGCGGCGGCGGCGGCUGCCGCUCCUCCUCCUGCUGCCCGCGAUGGUGGCAGGUUUUCUGGGCUGCUGGGGCGGCGGCGGCGGCCGGUGGUGGACAGUGCCCGGCACUUGGCUGUGCUUGAUGGCGCUGCUGCUCCUGGGCUCCCCUCCGCGGGGCUCCGUGCUGGUGCACGGCCGUAGGCUCAUCUGCUGGCAGGCGCUGCUGCAGUGUCAAGGGGAACCCGAGUGCAGCUACGCGUACAACCAGUACGUGGAGGCGUGCGCACCAGUCCUGCUGCAGCAGGGGGGCCAGGACGCUGCAGCCGCGGCCGCUGCAGCAGCCGCGGUGGCCGCCUCUUCUUUCCCCUCCUCCUCUGCCUCCUUCUCCUCCCGCUGGCGGUGCCCGAGCCACUGCAUCUCGGCCCUGAUUCAGCUCAACCACACCAGGAGGGGCCCAGCAUUGGAGGACUGUGACUGCGCGCAGGACGAGAACUGCAAAUCUACCAAGCGUGCCAUCGAACCCUGCUUGCCUCGGACGAGCACUGGCGGUGGGGGCACCGGCGCGGGUGCGGGGGGUGCAGGCGGGGGAGGUGCCGGGGGCGGCGUGAUGGGCUGCACUGAGGCCCGUCGGCGCUGUGACCGCGAUAGUCGGUGUAACUUGGCUCUGAACCGCUAUCUGACCUACUGCGGGAAGCUUUUCAAUGGGCUUCGCUGCACGGAUGAGUGCCGCGCGGUGAUCGAGGACAUGCUGGCGGUGCCCAAGGCUGCUUUACUCAAUGACUGCGUUUGCGAUGGGCUGGAGCGGCCCAUCUGCGAGUCGGUGAAGGAGAACAUGGCCCGGCUCUGCUUCGGGGCAGAGCUAGGGAACAGCCCGGGCAGCAGCGGCUCCGACGGCGGCCUGGACGACUACUACGACGAGGAUUACGAUGACGAGCAGCCCGGGCAGCGGGGCGGUGGAGGGCUCGGAACGGCCGGAGACUCGCAGUACGAGGAGGAUGGGGUCCCGCACCCCCCUCGCCCGGGCGGCGGCGCUGCUGCAGCAGCCGCCGCAGCUGGAGGAGGGCGCGGAGAGCUGCCCUACGGGGAUACGAGGAGGAACGGCGGCUCCCGCUUGACUCCCAAGGGCGUCUGUACUCUGCUCGUCUCCAUUUUGCUGCUGCUGCUGCUCGUUCGGCCGCUGUUGUAGCCUUUUCUCCCAAGUCCUCUGUUCCCCCAUGUGCUUGGUCUAUUGAUUCUCCGGUCACCCAACUUGUUCUCGCUCUCCCGGGUCUCUCACCCUCCCCCCCCCGCCCCCGCCGCCCUUUCUCUUUCCCUCCCCUUAUCUCUCCUUUUCCCAAGCACCUUCCUACCCACCCCCAAACCCCCCAGCAUACUUUCACUCCCCUCCCCUGUAAUAGUAAUCGGUACUUAAACCAUAGCUUUAGGAGAGCUAAGGGAUACUUUGCUUCCUAUUCCCCCCAGAUUUUUUCUCUUUUUCAAAACUAAUGAACUGCACCCUGGUUUCUUCCCGCCUACCUUCCCCUCGAUUCCCGCACAAUACCAACACAAAUUUCACACACCCCUCUUUCUAGAAAGUAGCGAGAAUCCGCUGUCUCUAGGGUUGUUGUUUUUGUUGUUUUUGAUUUUUUUCCCCCUCCGCCCCCACCCCCACUCCCACUCCAGUUCCACUAUGGAUACCCCAGAUCUCUUAGUAGGCUGGAACCCCGGCAUUGCUUGAGAUUUAAGAAAGCAGUAAUGGAGUGGGAAAGGGGGUAGAAGUAGCAGGACUGGAAGCAAAGAGAUCCCUUAGACUUCGUGGGGUUCUGAUGAAUGCAUUCUUCCCAGUUUUAACCCACCCAGUUCUGGGCUAGUUAGUGGCUAGCAGAUAUUUGAAAGAGAUAAGCUUGAAAUGCUGCUGUAGGUUUGUUUGCAAGUCUCCUCUAAGGUAAUGUGCAAAUAGUCUUAUGGUUUGACCAAUUAGAAUCUUUUAAGGAGUAAGCUACUUGAAUUAAAGUCUCAUUCAUUCAUUCAUUUCUUCUCGGCAUCCAUGCCCAGAAUUUUCUCAGAGACUAAAGAAGCAGGGAUCAGGUCUUUAAUGCUAUGUCACUCCCGGGGGGGGGGGGGGGGAAUCCAAACUGUAUGAUGGUGAGUAACGUACUUAGCUAAUUUCAUUCCUAUUUAAAAAAAAAUCAGAUUAAAUUUGACUUCCCGUUCCAUCACCCAGUGUUCAAACUCAAAUGCCGAUGUAGGAAGUUAUUAAUGAUACUAAACAAUGCAACUUUUGUUUUAAAAGAGCGCUGCACUGCCAUCUCCGAAAGACACUUUGUGGUGUUUAGUGGUUAUGUUUGCGUUUUUUGUUUUGUUUUGUUUUGUUUUGUUCUGUUCUGUUCUGUUCUCUUUACAUCAAGAACUUUUGUGUACCUUGAGAAAUUAUAUUGCCUCUACUAUCAGGGUGCUGAACUCUGGUAAAUCUUAUAUAAAAUGUAUUUAAAACUGGGAUUUGUUACCAGUCGCUGUACCUUGUAUAUAGAAUUUUUAUAAAAUGUAUGCUUCAAAAAUAAUUUAUUUUUUAAAAAAAAGAAAUUAAAGUUUAAAAUUUACGUUCAUGCUACUCUUUUUUAAAGAAAUGUACAGAUUUCAUUUGUUUUAAAGGAUACAAAAUACAAUAAUCCAUUGUGAAGUAUGCUCUAGGACAGCAAAUGUACAGUGUAUUUUAUAGAUUUGACAUUAACUUUCUUAUUUUUAAGAGAAUUUAUGGAGGAUGGCAUUGAUUUGUAUAAAUACAUUUCCAGACUGCCUUAAACAUUGUCUUUUAUAGAAGGCAUAAGAAGUCCUAUGUAACUAUGGCUCUGUGUAUUUUUUUUUGUUAAGUGUGUACAUCAGUAAAGAGUUUUAAAUAAUGAA